CAUAGCUAGCUCAUACAGGUAAGUAAUAGACUUAUAUAACACUCUUGUUUCUCUGAAAUCUUCUAUUUGGUUUUUCAUACUCUGUAUUGAACUGUUACAUUAGUUUGAUAUCUCUGUGUUUAACAGGGAUUUAAAGAUGAGUAGAGGAAGAGGAAAUAAUAUUCCAAAGCUUGAUUUGAAGCUGAAUCUAUCGCCGCCAAUUGUGUUAAACCAGCAAGUCGAUCGAUCGACAAACUUGAUCAGGGCUUCUUCAUGGACAACAUCGCCGGAUAGUUCGUGCUUGUCGUCGGAGGUGGAAGAUGCAAUGAACUACUCGAGCAGCCCAGAAGAGGCGGCUUCGAUGGUGUUGGUGGGAUGUCCUCGUUGUCUAAUGUAUGUCAUGCUGUCUGAGGUAGAUCCCAAGUGCCCAAGAUGCAAGAGCUCUGUUUUGCUUCAUCUUUUCAAUCCCCAUGAGAACAAAACCAGAACAAACUCAAGAAAUUAGAGUUUACUUUUUCCGAGAAUGAUAAAUAUCUCAGUUAUCAUCCCGCCUGUUGAGUUAGACGUAUAGAAUCCAAGAGAAUUCGUGGGUUCCACAUUUCUCAAUGGUUGUGUGAUGAUCUGUUGUAGAAGAAAAAGAAGCAGCAGGUAUAGGUCUUAAUUGGGUGGUUGAAAAUUCAGUGGUGUAAAGAUGGGUAUUCAUAAUAAUUUCAUUAAGUAAGAUGGUCAAAAACAGUGAUAUUUCACCUAUAUAACCAACCAAACCAUGUUUAGAGUA